GGGCGCCGGCGGGCGGUAUCCGGGGGCGGAGCCGGCGCGGCCCGCAGGGCAGACGGGCGCGGGCCGCGGCCGCGAUGGGCGAGGGCGGGCUGCCCCCGGCCUUCCAGCUGCUGCUGCGCGCCUGCGACCAGGGCGACACGGAGACGGCGCGGCGGCUGCUGGAGCCGGGGGCGGCGGAGCAGGCGGAGCGUGGUGCGGAGCCCGAGGCGGGCGCGGAGCCGGCGGGGCCCGAGGCGGCCGGGCCCGGGGCGGCGGCGGCCGGAGCUCCGGUGCCCGUGGACUGCUCGGACGAGGCGGGCAACACGGCGCUGCAGUUCGCCGCGGCCGGGGGCCACGAGCCGCUGGUGCGCUUCCUGCUGCGCCGCGGCGCCUCGGUCAACAGCCGCAACCACUAUGGCUGGAGCGCGCUCAUGCAGGCGGCCAGAUUUGGGCACGUGAAUGUGGCACACCUCCUUUUGGAUCAUGGUGCUGAUGUUAAUGCUCAGAAUCGGUUGGGGGCCAGCGUACUCACUGUGGCCUCUCGGGGUGGCCACCUGGGUGUGGUGAAGCUGCUCCUGGAAGCUGGUGCCUUCGUGGACCGUCACAACCCCUCAGGCGAGCAGCCAAGGGCAGGGGACAGCAGGGAUGAGUUGCUGGACAUCACAGCCCUGAUGGCUGCCAUCCAGCAUGGGCAUGAGGCCGUGGUACGACUGCUCUUGGAGUGGGGCGCUGACCCCAACUGUGCAGCCCGGACCGUGGGCUGGAGUCCACUGAUGCUGUCAGCACUCACUGGGAGACUUGGUGUGGCCCAGCAGUUGGUGGAGAAGGGGGCCAACCCUGACCACCUCAGCGUGCUGGAAAAGACUGCCUUCGACGUUGCACUUGACCAUAAGCACAGGGACCUUGCAGACUACCUGGACCCACUGACCACCGUCAGGCCCAAGACAGAUGAGGAGAAAAGGCGACCUGAUAUUUUCCAUGCAUUGAAAAUGGGAAACUUCCAGCUGGUCAAAGAGAUUGCUGACGAAGACCCCAACUAUGUGAACCUAGUCAAUGCAGACGGGGCAACCCCACUGAUGCUGGCAGCUGUCAUGGGGCAGCUGCCUCUGGUGCAGCUGCUGGUAGAGAGGCACGCCGACAUUGACAAGCAGGACAGUGCGCAUGGCUGGACGGCCCUCAUGCAGGCCACCUACCAUGGGAAUAAGGAAAUUGUCAAAUAUCUGCUAAACCAAGGGGCAAACGUCACCCUUCGAGCAAACAAUGGGUACACAGCCUUUGACCUGGUGAUGCUGCUGAGUGAUCCAGACACGGAACUUGUUCGACUGCUGGCAUCUGUCUGCAUGCAGGUGAAUAAAGACAAAGGCCGGCCCAGCCACCAGCCAUCCCUACCCCAUUCGAAGGUCCGACAGCCCUGGAGUGUCCCAGUGCUGCCCGAUGACAAAGGCGGGCUUAAGUCCUGGUGGAACCGAAUGUCCAAUCGGUUCCGGAAGCUCAAACUGAUGCAGACCCUUCCCCGUGGGCUGUCCAGCAACCAGCCAUUGCCAUUUUGUAAUGAGCCAGAGGCAGCGCUGGACUCCACAAUGAGGGCAGCCCCCCAGGACAAGACAAGUUGGUCUGGGCUCCCUGAUGUGGCUUCUACAACGAAAGACAAUGGUCCUGGGAGCACAAGAGGAGAAAGAGAAGAUGUGUUAUUGACAACCAUGCUUCGGAAUGGAGCCCCCUACACCAGACUCCCGAGCGACAAGCUGAAGGCAGUCAUCCCCCCAUUCUUACCCCCUUCCAGCUUUGAGCUGUGGAGCUCUAAUCGGUCCCGGACAUGUCACAGUGGGAAGGCAGACUCUGUGAAGACUGUGCUGAGAGCCAGCAGGGGCCACCCUGUGGGCAUGGGCAGCGGGAGCACAGAGCCCAUGCCUGUCAGGCCGGUUAAAUUUCCAUCUCUCUCCAGAAGCCCUGCUUCUCCUGCUAAUUCUGGAAACUUCAACCACUCCCCUCAUUCCUCAGGUGGCUCCAGUGGGGUAGGGGGCGUGAGCAGGCACGGUGGGGAGAUGCAUAACCGCUCAGGUGGCAGCAUAGACAGUGUCCUGUCCCAAAUCGCUGCCCAGAGAAAAAAAGCAGCUGGACUGUCUGAGCAGAAACCCAGCCAUCGGUCAAGUCCUGUUGGGCCAGCACCAGGGUCCAGCCCGUCCGAGCUCCUGGUCUCCCCUGCAGGAUGCAGUGGUGCCAGUGGCAAGAAACUGGAAACGAGCAAAAGGCCUCCAUCUGGAACUUCCACUACCUCCAAAAGCACCUCGCCCACCCUCACGCCCUCCCCUCCACCCAGAGGGCACACAGCCGAGUCCUCAGUGUCCUCCUCCUCAUCCCAUCGGCAGUCUAAGAGCAGUGGGGGCUCUAGCAGUGGCACCAUCACAGACGAGGAUGAACUGACUGGAAUCCUUAAGAAAUUAUCGCUUGAGAAAUACCAGCCCAUUUUUGAGGAGCAGGAGGUGGAUAUGGAGGCAUUCCUCACGCUUACCGAUGGUGACUUGAAGGAGCUGGGUAUUAAGACAGAUGGAUCCAGGCAGCAAAUUUUGGCAGCGAUUUCUGAACUGAACGCAGGCAAGGGACGCGAGAGACAAAUUUUACAGGAAACUAUUCACAACUUCCACUCUUCCUUUGAGAGCAGUGCCAGCAACACCAGGGCCCCUGGAAACAGUCCCUGUGCGUGAUCCUCCUUCCUGUGCCCACCAACCGGCAUAAGCUUUCAAGUCCCAGCACCACCGCCCUUGCUACCAUCAGCCCUUCCCCAGGCCCUGGACAGCCGUAUGCAUUGCCAGACCCUGGGCCUCAGUCGUGUUGUUUCCUGCUGCAGUAGUUGGUGAUGACUGUUGCUGUAACAAACGCCACACAACAGAGAUGCAUUCGCGUGUGAAGUCCACUAUGGCUGCUUCUGCUUGGCGGGUGGUUUCCCCCAGUGAUUGCGGGACCCAGCUCCUUUCAUCCAUGGCUCUGUUGUCCGUCCUCAGGGCCUCAGAAUCUUUGCGUCUGGCCGCCAGCAGGGGGACGGAUGGUGGAGAAGGCAUAACCGUUCUUAACUGCUUCGCUCCGAACUACUCACAUUCCACUAGCCACCACUCUUCACGUGGCCACACCUGGAUGCAAGGAGGCUGGGAGGUGCGCUCUUCGUUCAGGUGGUGGCUUCCCCACAGCUCUAAACUUAGAUGGGGCAGCUUGUGUUUUGAGCCCUCUUCCCUUAAAACACUUUUGUUCCUUGUGAUCCAAGUCAUCUAUCAAAUGAAGUCUUUCUUACCUCCCUUACACAGAACUAACCCUUCCAGCCACUGGGGUCCCCGGCUGCCUGUUUGUAACUCUGCUCUUGCACUUCACUGUACCUGCUGCAUACAACAUACAACAGGUAUUCAGGAGGUGUAUACUGAAUGCAUUUUUCUUCAUGGCAAAGGCAGCCUUUAUAUAGGAACAAAGAGGAGGCCUACUCUGUGAUCUUGGGGGAAUCCUGUCUCCUUUUUGGCCUUCAGUUUCCCCUGCAAGAUCAGGGAUCAGCAAGGUGAUGCUUUGAUACACCAUGCUGGUCACUCAUAUCACUGUAGGGCUUUCUGCACUUCAAGUGGGAGCAGAAGACCCUAUUACAUUACAGGGUGGAAGGACUUUGGUGCUCAAAUUUUCUAGGCAAAAAAGCAGAGAACUUAGAAUUUCUUCUCAACCCCGUUAAUUCUGUGUUCUUCAGUAGAGAAUUGGCCCAUGUAGUUUUCUACCAUGUCAUAUUAUAUUGGAAGGGCUCUGACUUUUUAAAUCCAGUAGCUUUCUGAAGUAUUUUCAAAUGAGUGCUUCAUUGGGCCAGCACUUAAGGCAUUUCUGUCAUGUGCCUGGGUACUCAGGAGCCAGUCCGCACUCUUGAGGACCUUGACAGGCAAGAGAAUACAUCAAUGGAUGAUCCCAACCUUGGGGAGCAGCAUGGUGGAGUGGAAAAAGCUUACGCUCUGAACUCAGCUCAAAGUUCAGGUCUAGCCCCACAGCUAGCCAGCUGUGUGGCCUCUUCAUCAGAACAUAGAGCCAGUUUGCAGAAGUAUUUGGCCUACAGAAAGUGCCCAAGAGACAGCAGCCUUCAUGGAAUUCUGACCUCUACCCUGAGCUCUUCCGGGCCACAUGUUGGUCUCGGUGAGGUGCCAUCUCUCUUCCGUCCCUGCCCCCAGCCAUGAAGGCCCCUCCCCACCCCCUAGCUUUUAGAGGCAGCUGUUACUGUGCUGCCCAGAGGCUGGUCGUGCUGUCCCUCCACCUGCUGGCCCAGUGGGUACUAGGCCUGCUUCAUCCGCAUCCUCCCACUCACAGCAGUUGGCUUUCAGAGAAAGGCACAGAGAAAAGGUGUCGCUUUAGCCAUCACUGAUAAACAUCUUAUAAAUGCUCCUCACUUCCCAGCCUGAGACAGUUAAGGAGCAUCUACUGUGUGGGGCAGCUUGGCCUCAGCAUCAUCCGUCCUCACUGCCAUCUGCAAUCAUUUAACUUCAGCCUGUGCAUCAGGGAGGCAGGCACCAAGGAGCAGAGCUGUGAGCCAGUUACCAGCCCAGAAGGGGCAAAGCCAGCUGAGAACUGGGUCUGGUGGGCUUCUGAGCCCGUGCCUUUUCCACAGACUCCUGCUGCUAGGAGGACCAGGAUUCCUGCUGUUUUAAUGUACUGACAUCUUCAGGGGUUAUCGAUAGUCAUAGAGCUGUUAGUCCCUGAAAUACAUGGCCCCCAAGUUAUGUGCAUUGAAAUUUCGUGCCUGCUUUUCACCGUUAUUUUGUUCUUUUCAUAGCUGCUAUAUUUGUACAACUUCCUGUCAGAUAAAUCCCACAUCAACAGGAGCUGUGCUGGGAGGUCAGCUUUUCACAGAUGCAAACCUCUAUAAUUUCAUCUGAUAACCCCAGACAGAGCAGGGCUUAUUCCCAUUGUGCAGAUGGGAAAACAGAGGCUUGGGACAGAUGCCUUUCUUGUCUUUUGCACUGGACUCAAGUGGUUCUAAGGCUUUUUCUCCCAGGCAGUUUGUGUGCUGGUUGGUGAGAGAUUGCUGGCACCCUUUCUGGACCAUGAUCAUCCGUUCCUGGUGACCUUUCUCACCCCACACAUACCCCAGCCUGCCUCCAGGAGGCUGCUUCCCUCCACAGUGUUUCCCUUGCUCAGUGACCUUCACCAGUAUUUCCAAAAGUGUAUUCCUUGGAAUGCUAGUUCCACAGGGUGUUACUAGGUUUUCAUAAAGAAAAAUAAAGGGAGUAUACAUGUGAAAGUGGGUUCAGGCUCUGUGAUCAGCUGGGCUUAGGAGACACAGAAUCAAAGCCCAGUUAUGUGAUAUUUGCUGCAGGACAUCUCAGCCUUCAGCAUGCCGGCCUGUGUAGGGCAUCUUCAAGGGGGCCGUGUCACAUGUGGGUGGCAUUCCCACACAUUUGAUCACGGUGCUAUUGCAAGACAGGUACCUGGGACACCCCUGGAAACCCUCCUUUGACGAGGAAAGUGGCAGCCAUGAGGCCUCACAGCUGCUGGGAGUGGGGCCAUGGUCUCCCAAGGGCUGCAGCUGGGUUGGGAUUCUUGGUCCUGGUCUCUCCCCACAGCUCUGCAGAGGUGACCUGGUUGGCAGUGAGACUUCGGGAUGGGGGAGCCCCGACUUUGAGAUGGCUGGGGCCCUGCUCAGAGGCCUGUCUGUCCUGGGGGUCUCCUGCAGCGUGGAGGGCAUCCUGUCCCUGGGUUGGUGCAGUCUCCUUCCUGGCGUGUGCUGGAUGCCCACGCCCCACCUGCUGCUUGCCAGGGGAAUGUUUCCACUUCCUUGCUUCGGCAUCAGGCCAUUACUUGGAGGCCAGCUAGUUCCGCAAGGAGAAUGUUUAAGUUUUCAUUCCUUCAUUCACAGAAUGUUUACUGAGCAUCUACCCUGUGCCUACCCCUGCUUGUGCUUUGGGUCCAGAGAUGAACACACACUCAUCCCUGCCCUUAAGGAAGCUAUGUUACCUCGGAGGAGCCAAGCACACAGAUACAACAGUGCUAAGCCAUGCUAGGAGUCUGGUAACAAAGGCGUGUGCUAGGUCUGUGGCUCAGAGAACGUCACCAGUGACAGCUGAGGCGUGGCCUGGGCAGGCCCACGGGAGAGCUGGCAGGUGAAGAGCAAGGGUGCCCCAGUGGGGAGACAGCAUGUGUGAAGGCAGUUGGCACAUAACAUUUGUGGAUUUUCAUGUCAUUGGGGGUGAGUUAGAUACCUGCUUUUUCUAAUUUUUGCUUCUUUUAUUUGAAAUGCGUACAAGCAGUCUGUUAGCCUGGAAGGAGCCCUGAAUCUAGGGUCAGCACUAUCCCUGGGUUUUGGCUCAGCCACUUCUCACUGGGUAACACCAGGCAUUGUCCUCCUCCCCUUGAACCUCAGUUUCCCUCAGGUUACAAGGGUAUGGCCCUCCCCAGGGUACUGAGGGUCAGAAGAAUGUGAGAAAGCCCUUUUCACACCAUGUGGAAGAUGUGUAAAGAGCUCCACAGUGGCUGCACAUUUGAAAUCAAUCUCUCCCCUCCCACCUUUCCCUUCUCCCCUCAUCUGCCCCGGUGAAACCAUGGCUGGAGGGUGAGGCCAGAAGAAGCAGCCUCAGCCAAAGGUGGCAGCGGCUUAGAUUCUGCUGGCAUCAGAGCCCCGAGGAAGUGAGGGCUGGAAGUGGGUCCCAGCCCCCCAGCUGCCUGACUCAGGGUGUUCGUGUGAUUGCGAUUCCCAGCAAGGUGGACAGAGAGAAGGUAUUCCAGCCUAGUCGCAAGAGCCGGUCUAAAGCGCAGAGCGGGCAGGACACCUCUCUGACCUGCUUUUGCCUUGGAGCUGCCCAAAGUCACUGCUGUGCAGGCCAGGCCCUGGGUAGACAGCUGUGGACAGCUGUGCUGACCUGAGCUACCUCCUGAAGGCUGGGCCCCUUCCUGGGAAGAUCCUGCAGCCCAGCCCGAAGGCGUUGUGAAGCGUCAUCUAUGCCUGCCUGUUCUUGUCUAUUUCAAGCACGAUAAUCACAUAUUUUUGACCAAUAGAUUGUGUUUAACAUGUAAGGAGACCUGAUGUUUCCCUUGAUAAAGUCAGUACUAAAUCCUGUAGGACAGACUAGAGAGAAUGAAUGAAUCUCCUUCCUGGGGGAGGUGGGAGGUGAGUCACCUCCCUGAGUGGAUUCUCCUCAAAUUUUAUUUCUGGAGGGCUUGCCAGGCUCCCGCUGGCCUCAGAGGGACUCUGCUCCUCUGUAACCUGCAGCCUAAGGGGAUUAGACCUUGCCUGACAUUGCAGCCCUCCAGCUGAGAAGCCAGGCUGUAGACAGUGAGUCACUGGAGCUGGGGGCUCCGGGCUGACGGAAGGAAAGUGCCGCAGAGAGCGCUGGUAGUGGCUGGGGCAGGGAGCCCCUUUCAUUGGUCUUCAGCUUCCUUCCCAAGGUGGAGGCCACCCAGGCGCCCUGCUCUGGGCCUUCCCCAGGCACGAGCCAGCUCCCUAAGGUGAACGGAGCCAGGGCCUGACUGUCCUCUGCAGGGAGCCCUCGGCCCCCUUGCCCCUUGGUGGUGGGGGUGGGAGGUAGCCUGAGGCCAGGUCCUCAGCAGGGCUACUGUAUUUUUUGAUAAGAGUCAAGGAUGCUAACUGAUUUCAACCCUAUAGAGCAGGUUUCCCUGUUCCUCACUAUCAAACACUUCAUUUUAUUACUGUUUUAUUGUCAUUUCCAUACAGAGGAUUCUUUGAAAGAUUUUUGUUUGCCAAACAUACAUUAAAUAACCGUGAGUCUGUCCUCUCACUUUGAUUUUGCUCACUAAAGGCAUAAAUCUCUGCUCAGAUUUCUUCCAGCAGUAACUUUACAGAGCAAGUCCCUGUGCUUCUGUAAGCUGCCUCACCUCCGCCCCAAUUCCCCUGAGUGGCAGCCUUCAAGUUCCCCUUCUGCCAGUUCAGUGGCUGUGGCACACAUUAUCUGACCUCACCGAGGUCCCCAGUUAACAAGGGGGAGUUGGCUUGAAUGUGGCCUCGCCUCUCAUGCUUAGGAAGAGUCCACAUUCCCUCCAUGCUGCCUUUCAGCACAGAGAGGAGCGCUGAGUUGGUAUAAGCCCAACCAACAGGAAAAAUAAAACCUGUUAGUCUGUAUGGCUUGUUCAUAAUUUUGGAUAGCGUGUGGUGCUAUGAAAUACUAUAAAUAACAUGGAGAUUCUCUUUGUUCCUUCUAAAAAUUCUUACAAGUCAGGAGGACUGCUCCAUCCACACCUCUCCUAUCAGUCUCACGUUGGCAUGCUCAGCCCUAUAGCGCAUUCAGGGAGCAGAGGGUGGCCUGGGUCUCAGUCCUGAAGCAGGUGGAGUAAGACCAAGUCUGGGGGUUCCUGGAGGGCGGGUAUAUACUGGGGAGACUGAAGCAGUCAGCUCUCCAUGAAAGGACAUUCCAGGAACCAGAGCUACCUGGGAGGGGAGUAUCCCCCAGAAAGCCCCCCCGCCAGCCCCCGACAGAGCCUGGGUGAGCCCAGGCCAGGGUGGCUGGAUAAGGGAAUUCAGGUGGAUGAGCACUGGACCAGGCAAGUCAUUCCCAAAAGGUGUAGGUGUUGUGAGAAAAACUACAGUGCAAUGAGUUUGCCUUACACUAAAUAUACCCAUUUUACAAGGUUGGCCUUGAUUCUGAAGGAGGUCCCUCCUCCUUUGGGGAAAGAGGUAGUGGUGAUGGUAGUUUUAGUUUUACUGAUGUGUGAAAUUCAAAUGCCUGAGAAACACUGUUCUAGGUCACUUUUGAGAUCCCUUCUGUGCUAUGAUUCUAUGAAAAUCUAUCCAAAGAAGGGGAAUAUCAAUAAUAUAUUGAUACUCCUCCAUAUGUUAAACACAGGAUUACCAUAAACUCCCACAAUUUCUCCCCUAGGUAUAUGCCCAAAAGAACUGAAAAUAAGUAUUCAAGCAAAAACGUGCAUGCAAAAUAUUCAUAGCAGCACUAUUUACAAAAGCCAAAAGGUGGAAACAAUCCAGAUAGCCUUCAAUGAAUGAAUGGAUAAACAAAACAUGGAACAGCCACACAAUGAAAUAUUAUUCAGCGAUAAAAAGGGAAUGAAAUAUAGAUCCAUGGGACAACAUGGAUAAACCUUGAAAACAUGCUAAGUGAAAGAAGCUACACAUAUUGUAUGAUUCCAUUAAAUGUCCAGAAUAGGCAAAUCCGUAGAGGUAGAGAGGGGUUAGGAGUUGGGAUGGGGAAUAACUACUUAAUGGGUGGGGCGGGGGGUUCCUUUUCCUUUAAGUUCUGGAACUAGGUAAUGGUGAUGGCUGUACAUUGUGGGUGUCUUUAAUGCCACUAAAAUAGACACUUUUAAAUGGUCAGUUUUAUGUUCUAUUUUACCAUAAUUUUUAAAAAAGAUAGAAAAGGGGAGCUCCUGACCUGGCUGGUCUUUUACCCCUUUCCUUUCAAUUAGUCCAUCUCAACCUUGCCAUUAUGUGAAAUAUGGUAACCACACCAGGGUCU